GCCAGGGCCGGCCAGGGGUCGCCGGCGCCAGGUGAACACAGCAGCAUGAGGCGGAGGUGAGGACCGGGCUGCACCCCGAGCUCGGGGUUUCCGCGGACGACGGCUGGCGGCCUGGAGCAGGUGGUAACAAAACAUGGCGGCACUGUUUUCUUACUGUGUGACAUUUCAGCUUCUUUAAGCUGCAGUCUCCCCAUAGAUUCUACCUCAUGGGGCUAUGGUGAAGAUUCAGUGAGAUGAGCUACCCUCCACAGCAUAGAGCUUGAGGGAGAUUAUGCACAUCCAGGCCAGGUAAUGUGGCAACCAGAUCCAGGGCUAAGUUCUGGGAAGUCAUCAGCAAUGAGCAGGGUAUAGACCCCAGUGGCAACUAUAUGGGGGACUGGACCUGCAGUUGGAGUGCAUUAGUGUCUACUACAACAAGGCCUCCUCUCACAAUUUAAUCUGACAGUGUCAAGUGGACCAACAGCCAUCCCACUGCCCCCUUUGUCUGGGGUGCUGAGGGUGGGGAAGCAUGGAGGAGAGUAAGAAUGAGACAAUGAAUCAAGCACACACCCUCUUUGACCAGUUUGUGCAGGCUACCACCUGCAAGGGGACUCUUAAGGCCUUCCAAGAGCUCUGUGACCAUCUUGAACUGAAGCCUAAGGACUAUCGCUCCUUUUAUCACAAGCUCAAGUCCAAACUCAACUACUGGAAAGCCAAAGCCCUCUGGGCAAAGCUGGACAAACGGGGCAGCCACAAAGACUACAAAAAGGGAAAAGCAUGUACUAACACCAAGUGUCUCAUCAUUGGAGCUGGCCCCUGUGGUCUCCGCACAGCCAUCGACUUAUCCUUACUGGGAGCUAAGGUAGUUGUUAUUGAGAAACGAGAUGCCUUCUCCCGCAACAAUGUCUUGCAUCUCUGGCCAUUCACCAUACAUGAUCUGCGAGGUUUGGGUGCCAAGAAGUUCUAUGGCAAGUUCUGUGCUGGAGCCAUUGACCAUAUCAGUAUCCGUCAGCUUCAACUAAUACUUUUGAAAGUAGCAUUGAUCCUAGGUAUUGAAAUUCAUGUCAGUGUAGAAUUCCAAGGACUUGUACACCCUCCUGAGGACCAAGAAAAUGAACGGAUAGGUUGGCGGGCACUGGUUCACCCUAAAACCCAUCCUGUGUCAGAAUAUGAAUUUGAAGUGAUCAUUGGAGGGGAUGGCCGUAGGAACACCUUGGAAGGAUUUCGUCGGAAAGAAUUUCGAGGCAAACUGGCCAUUGCCAUUACAGCAAAUUUUAUCAACCGAAAUACAACAGCAGAAGCCAAAGUGGAAGAAAUCAGUGGAGUGGCUUUCAUAUUCAACCAAAAAUUUUUCCAGGAGCUCAGGGAAGCUACAGGUAUUGACUUGGAGAACAUCGUCUACUACAAAGAUGACACACACUAUUUUGUAAUGACGGCCAAAAAGCAGAGUUUACUGGACAAAGGGGUGAUACUGCAUGACUAUGCCGACACAGAGCUCUUGCUUUCCCGGGAGAAUGUGGACCAAGAGGCUCUGCUGAACUAUGCCAGGGAAGCAGCAGACUUCUCCACCCAGCAACAGCUACCAUCUCUGGAUUUUGCCAUCAAUCACUAUGGGCAGCCCGAUGUGGCCAUGUUCGACUUCACUUGUAUGUACGCCUCUGAGAAUGCUGCCUUGGUGCGAGAGCAGAAUGGACACCAGUUACUAGUGGCUCUGGUUGGGGACAGCCUCCUAGAGCCUUUUUGGCCAAUGGGAACCGGAAUUGCCCGGGGCUUUCUGGCUGCUAUGGACUCCGCCUGGAUGGUACGAAGUUGGUCUCUAGGAACAAGUCCCUUGGAAGUCCUGGCAGAGAGGGAAAGCAUUUAUAGGUUACUGCCUCAGACAACCCCUGAGAAUGUGAGUAAAAACUUCAGCCAAUACAGCAUAGACCCUGUCACCAGAUAUCCCAAUAUUAACAUCAACUUUCUCCGGCCAACCCAGGUGCGCCAUUUAUAUGAUACUGGAGAAACAAAAGAUAUUCAUCUGGAAAUGGAGAACCUGGUGAAUUCCCAAACUACCCCAAAGUUGACUCGCAAUGAGUCUGUACCUCGUUCAAGCAAACUGCUUGGUUGGUGCCAAAGGCAGACAGAUGGCUACACAGGGGUCAAUGUGACAGAUCUCACUAUGUCUUGGAAAAGUGGCCUGGCUCUAUGUGCAAUUAUCCAUAGAUACCGCCCUGAUCUGAUAGAUUUUGAUUCUUUGGAUGAACAAAAUGUGGAGAAGAAUAACCAACUGGCCUUUGAUAUUGCUGAAAAGGAACUGGGCAUUUCUCCCAUCAUGACAGGCAAAGAGAUGGCCUCGGUGGGGGAGCCUGACAAGCUGUCCAUGGUGAUGUACCUGACCCAGUUCUACGAGAUGUUCAAGGACUCACUCCCCUCCAGCGAUGCCUUGGACCUGAAUGCUGAGGAGAAAGCAGUCCUGAUAGCCAGCACGAAAUCUCCCAUCUCCUUCCUAAGCAAACUUGGGCAGACCAUCUCUCGGAAGCGUUCUCCCAAGGAUAAGAAGGAAAAGGACUUGGAUGGUGCUGGAAAGAGGAGAAAGACCAGUCAAUCAGAAGAGGAGGAAGUGCCCCGGGUGUGCAGAGGAAGAUCCACAUUAGUGAGCACUCUGCCUGACAGGAGGACUGAUGUCACACUCAGCAACCAGAACAAAGUGAAGUACAUGGCAACCCAGCUGCUCGCCAAGUUUGAAGAGAAUGCACCUCCACAGUCCACUGGCAUAAGGAGACAGCCAACACAAGAGCGUGGGGUCAGCCAGCCGUCCUGGUGCCUACCUGAGCAGGGUCUCCCUGCUCCCACCCCACAGUGGAAACAGCGACGGGAAAAGGAGCAUUCUCGGACCUGCCCCAAAAAAGUGAUUGCACUCUCUCCACCCCCUACUCCACCUCCCUGUCGGGCACGUGGCGGCCAGCAGACAUACAGGGAUCUUGAUGCUGACAGCUGUGGCAAGCAGAGUCCCCAUCAUGAGAGGCCAGGGCCUGAACCUUCUCGGCGAUUUUUUGUCCACCAGUGGGAGCUUUCUCUUAAUCUUCGCUCCUCCAGCCGCCCUGCCUCUCCUUCCUCUGACUCCCUCCGACAGAAGUAUAUAAAGAUGUACACGGGUGGAGUGAGCUCAUUGGCUGAGCAGAUAGCCAAUCAGCUUCAAAGGAAAGAACAGCCCAAAACCCUUCUAGACAAGAAGGAACUGGGCUCAAUAAAGAAGGAGUUUCCACAGAACUUGGGAGGCAGCGACACGUGCUAUUUUUGCCAGAAGCGGGUCUACGUGAUGGAGAGACUGAGUGCCGAGGGCAAGUUCUUCCAUCGGAGCUGUUUCAAAUGCGAGUACUGUGCUACCACACUGCGCCUCUCAGCCUAUGCCUAUGACAUCGAGGAUGGUAAAUUCUACUGCAAACCACACUACUGUUACCGACUCUCCAGCUCUGCACAGAGGAAGAGACCAGCAGUGACUCUUCUGUCUGGAAAGGAGGCCAGAGGACCCCUGCAGGAUGGCCCCAUUGCAGACGCAAAUGCACCGGCCGGUACCAUCACCAACCCUGCUGAUAGAACUCCAGGUUCAAGUGUGAAUGGCCUGGAGGAGCCCAGCACUGCCAAGCGACUGAGGGGCACUCCUGAGAGGAUUGAGCUAGAGAACUACCGCCUGUCUGUGAAGCAGGCAGAGGAGCUACAGGAAGUGCCUGAGGAGACACAAGCUGAGCACAACCUGAGCAGUGUGCUAGACAAGGGCCUGGAGGAGGACGUGGCCAGCAGCAGUUCUGAGUCUGAGAUGGAGGAGGAGGAGGAGCCUCCACUGCCCACCUCGGACCUGGGUGGCGUUCCUUGGAAGGAAGCUGUGAGGAUCCAUGCUCUUUUAAAAGGAAAGAGUGAAGAGGAACUGGAUGCCUUGAAGAGCUACGAGCUUAACAAUGACAAUGAGGAGGAGGACUACGACGAGGAGGAGGGAGAGGAGGACUAUGACGAGGAAGAGGAGGAGUCUAGUGAAGAAGGGGAGUAUUGCCCCUGGGACAGAGAACUACAAGGCCAGUGGCUCCAGUGUCCAUCAAAGGAAGAAGAUUCGGGUACAUGUAAAGUAGCUGGGAGCCAGCGGCUACAGCAGAUCAUAAAUGCAACCGAUCCCUUGGAGAUUCAGGCUGAUGUGCACUGGACACAUGUUCAUGAGAAAGAGGAGGAGGAGCGAACGGUACCAACCUCUGAGCCCUCCACUUCUAGAGUGCCUGACCUUCCCUCCAUACGCCGUGCAGCAGUUCAGGCCUGGCUGGAGACAGUGUCCGGAGUCCCAUUUGAUGAGGAUGGCCUGGAGGAAGAUGUGGAUUCGGAGCCGGCAGAAAUAGAAGGGGAGGCAGCAGAGAAUGGGGACACGGGUGACACUGGUGCUGAGCUGGAUGAUGAUCAGCACUGGUCUGAUGACAGCCCAUCAGAUGCUGAAACAGAGUUUUGCAAGCAGCACCAAGAGGUGGUAGAAGCGGAGCUGGAGCUGAACGUCUCAGAAAACCAGGACGAACGACCCCCUGCCACUCUACAGCAUAACAAGAGAGCUCCCUCCCAAGUCUCCAGUCCCACCUGGUCCCCUUCGGAACAAGCUGUUCUGUUCUCUCCUGCCCACAGCCCCAUGGGAGAGGGGGCCCGGAUUCCACUCCCCUCUGAGGCUAUCAAAGUGAAAUUGCCCAAGGAGCGCCUUUUCCCAGAGCUUUUGGUUUCCAAAGUAAAGUUCAAAGCAGAAGUUCCCACUGAUCAGAAAGCUGUGCACUCUCCCAUCCAGUCCCAGCCAGGAGCUCUGCUGGAAGCCAGGACACAUAACUCUCCAGUUAGUUCACAGGGCCUGUCCCCAUUGGCCACUUCCACCAUCACCCCCACUCAGCACCCCAUUUGCUCCCAGCCUAAACCUUCCUGUGAGGCCACCAUUCCAUCCCCCACGAAGUCCCCCAUAUGCUUCCAGCCUGUUCCAGCGAAAACAUCAACCCCCCUCACCCCCCUCCACGUGAAGAACCAAGGGGAUACCAAGGACAGACUGGGCAGCCCUCUUGCUAUGGACGAGGCCCUGAAGCCGAACGACUUGGUGGCAGAGUUCUGGAUGAAGAGCGCUGAAAUUCGCCGCAGCCUGGGGCUCACACCCGUGGAUCGGAGCAAGGGGCCCCAGCACAGCUUCCCCUCACCUGCCUUUAAGCCAUUGUCCCUCAAAUCCUAUUCAGUUGAGAAGUCUCCUCAGGAUGAGGGGCUCCAUCUUCUAAAACCUCCAUCUAAGAGACUGGCAAAGUCAGAUAGUGACCAGCCCUCUCUGCCAACCCCCAAGUCCCCAUCUGCCAGAGAGCUAAAAAGCUCACAUGCGGAGCGGAGAGACCUGUCCAGCAGUUCUGGGCUGGGCCUUCAUGGGAGCUCCUCCAACAUGAAGACCUUGGGCAGCCAGAGCUUCAGUACCUCAGACUCCACCAUGCUUACUCCACCCUCAAGCCCGCCUCCGCCCCCACCCCAGGACGAGGAGCCCGCGACUCUUCAAAGGGAGCCAUAUCAGAUAUAUGGGCAGAAGGAAACCAAGCCCAAGGCCUCCGUAAUCCCACCCCCCACACCUGCCACCUUUAUGCGGCCCCCCCGAGAGCCUGCCCAGCUGCCCUGGGAAGAGGUACGGAAGUCAUUUGUAGAGAGUGUGGCUGAGAUCCCCUUUGCUGAUGACGUGGAGGAUACAUAUGAUGACAAGACCGAGGACUCAAAUCUGCAGAAGUUCUUCACACCCCCUUCCUGCUGGCCCCUCUCUGACAAGGCCCUCCCCACACCCCUAGCCAAGGAGAAUGUCAGGUUACUUACUCUAGAGAGCGGGGUCCAACUGCAGAAGAGGGGGCUACCUGUAGUCUCUCCAGAAGCCAAGGAGCUGGCUGAAGAGCGCAUGCGAGCCAGAGAGAAGUCUAUAAAGAGCCAGGUGUUGAGAGAUGCCAUGGCCAAACAGCUGAGUCGGAUGAAGGAGAUGGAAAUUGGGGCUGAGACCUCCAGUCCCCCAGGAGGCACCUGCCACAAAGCCUCCUCAAUGCCCUCUAAAGGCAAAGCCUUUGGCCUUGAAUCCCCUAAACACCCGGUGCACAAAGGCCCUGAGGAGCCCACCUUGAAGCACAAAAACACUAGUGAGGAAUUCCUCUCCCCCACAUUGAACUCAGGGGCCCCAGAUGGUUCAGUCACUUCAUCCGAGGGCUCUAGUGGGAAGAGCAAGAAGAGAUCGUCACUCUUCUCCCCCCGUAGAAACAAGGAGAGAAAAUCUAAAGGUGAGGGCCGGCCCCUGGAGAAACACAGCCCAGAUCUCCUGGAGGAAGCAGCCGCCAAGCCCAGAUCCUUGUGGAAGUCAGUCUUCUCAGGGUAUAAGAAGGACAAGAAGAAGAAGGGUGACAACAAGUCCUGUUCCAGCACCCCUUCCAGUGGUGCCACUGUGGCCUCUAGCAAGCACAGGAUGUCUCCAAUAGUGAAAGCAGAGCUGCAGCUGCGGGACCAGCUGAGUUUCUCCGAGGACUCUGACCUCUCCAGCGACGACAUCCUCGAGAGGGUCUCCCAGAAGUCCAAGCGAGAGCCAAGAACUUACACAGAGGAAGAACUGAAUGCCAAGCUGACCCGGCGUGUGCAGAAGGCAGCUCGGAGACAGGCCAAGCAAGAGGAACUUAAGCGGCUGCACCGAGCCCAGAUCAUCCAGCGGCAGCUGGAGCAGGUGGAGGAGAGGCAGCGACAGCUGGAGGAGAGAGGUGUUGCUGUGGAGAAGGCGCUCCGCGGGGAAGCAGACUAUUGGGGAGAGUCUUAUUACAGUGACCUCAUCGACUUGCAUCUGGGUGUUGAGCCCAGUGGCGGGACUCCACGGCGUAGACCUCUCUCCUUCUGCCCUUGCUGUGUCCAGGAAGGCAUGGGCAAGAAGGAUGACCCCAAGCUGAUGCAGGAGUGGUUCAGGCUGGUGCAAGAGAAGAAUGCCAUGGUGCGCUAUGAGUCAGAGCUGAUGAUCUUCGCCCGGGAGCUGGAACUGGAAGACCGGCAGAGCCGACUGCAGCAGGAACUCCGGGAGCGAAUGGCAAUGGAAGAUCACCUUAAGACCGAGGAGGAGUUGUCAGAGGAGAAGAAGAUCCUGAACGAGAUGCUGGAGGUGGUGGAACAGAGAGACGCCCUUGUGGCGUUGCUAGAGGAGCAGCGGCUCCGGGAGAAAGAGGAAGACAAGGACCUGGAGGCUGUCAUGCUGUCAAAGGGCUUCAGCCUAAACUGGUCCUGAGCUCCCACCCACGCUCUGCUAGCUGGUCUGUGGAAUCCGCCUGACCCAGCUGGGCUCUUCCACACCACCUAGAUCCAAGAUCUGAGGUCUGGCAGCUCCCGGGAGUUUGCACUCAAAUGUUCAUGUGCCUCUUAAAAAGCAGAUCAAGUAUCUGUGUUGUGGGGAAUCCCAAGUGAAGAUGAGUAUCUGAGGCGGCUCUGCCUCCUUGAAUAGACUCACUCUGAAUUCCUGAUCCAGGGAGCGAAGGCCAUGGUGUGCAGAGGUUUAAUGUGGGGAAAAGAAAGUUCCCCAGGGAUGCGCAGUAACCGGCGCCCCUCCUUGUGCAGGCACGUGUGAUGAGAGAAGGAAGCUGCUCCCCCUCUGUCAAAACCACAGCCACCAGAGUGCACCCCACAGAGAGGAAGGGGCAACUGUCUUCUUCAUGCUCCCUGAAGCACCACCAAAGAAACAAAGGAGACUCCCAGGAAAACCACAUGUGAACUAAGAGUGGGAGAGUCCGUGGCCAGUCAGGGUGAUGCCUAUCCUGCAUCACCUGGAAGCUGAGGGGGCCCCAUUUCCUGAGUUCAUUAUGUAAGUAAGGAGGAUCCAGGAGGAGUCUGCUCCCCAGUUCCACACCACACACUGGACUCCACGUGGCCAAAUGCCCCAGGCCUCUCUGAUUGUGGCCUGAGGGUUGUGUAUUGCUGCAUUUUGCUUUUAAUUCACAAGCAUUUUAACACUGGAAAAUACUGACUUUGGGAGAUGGGUGAGGCUCUACAUUUCAAGCCCCCAGUCACUGUUCAGUACUUCAGUUGGGGCAGGAGUGAUCCUCCUUGGUGUUUUUCCUGCGUUUGCACAUUGAAAUGAAGCUGACAAUCUAGCAAGACACUCAGCCACUUCAGACUCUUUUUUUCAAUUAACUUAUUUUUUUAAUACUUGAAAAAAAUUUCAUUUUUAUAUCUUUACUAAAGACACUGAUCACCUGGCACCUGGUGUGGAAGUGACAGAGGUAACCAUGCCAGCCUGCCUGAACGCUUGCUACAUCCAUCUAUUUAUUAGCUCACCUUUAUAGAGUUACUGACCCCCACUGACAUCAGAAAGCAGUGAGUCCCUCAUGGGGGCCCCCCACUCACAGCUCUUCUGUCCCCUCCUAUACUUUGUGUCUGGAUCCUCCUCCUCCACCUGGUACCCUGUUCUCACUCUGGCGCCAAACUUUAUGUCUAUACCACCUAUUUGUCAAGGAGACAUGUCAGCACUGUUUGAAGCCAGACCAGCAGGCACAGAUGCCACUUGUCUUUCCCUGUGGGAAUAUUGGCUCUGCAGAACACUUUUUUUUUUUUUUCAGUUUUGGUACCAGGGGUUUUUAACCUCUCAUAACACAUUUAUUAUGGAAAGUUGGGGAUAGGCCCUCUUCUAGGCUGGCUGAGACAGUGCCUGAUGGGACCUUGUAAUCCAUCUGAUUAGGAUUCCCUCAGCCCAGCCUCAGAUCCAACCGGAUAGACAUGCACAGGUGGGGUCUUAGGUAGUGGGGUUUAGGUUGGUCUCUCCAAACUAGUAACAGCUCCAGCCCAGACCUCCACAGUUCCUGGAUCUUCAGGGGGGUGGGGAGGUGGGGGCAAGGGAUGAUAAGCACCAUGUAACUAGCUCCUUGAGCCAAACUGCUUAUUUCUUUCAGCUCAGCCACUGUCUGAGGAAACCUGGUGGGUCACCACUUGUCCAUCCACAGAAUUAGCUCAUGGUGAGCCCAAGGAGGAGGCCCACCAGUGCCAGGCCAGUCUGGGAGGGUGUUCUAGCCAACUCCUGUGCAGAAGGGCCAAUGUAGAGAGAACAGAAGCAUGGCAACUCUUCAAGGCCACCUGAGGGCAGGACAGAUUGGGCAUCCGUGCUGACCUUGGAACUCCCAUGGGAAACCACACUGUGCCUCAACUUGAACAUUCGUUCUCACUACGAAGGAGCAAAGAACCUGUCUUCUUCUUCACUUUGUCCCAAAGCUGCCAUCUCCCCACUGUGGAAAUCCAGGAGUAUGCUGCUGGCAGCCACCACAGCUCUGACUUCUUCACUUCUUGUUUUCAGAUGAGUCAGCCAGAGUCUCUGUUUUUAUUCUCUUUUCUUAAAAGGGGGAGAGAAGGGUGUUCCAGAGUCCCUCUUUAAACCCCAACUUCCAAUAAAAUUGGACUUGGGUCAGGAUCUUUAUCGCCUUUGUGGCCUUUUCCCUAACCCUCCACCUCUCAAAGGCCACCAUACCUGACCAUGCCCCAGGAGAGCUGCCUCCCUCCAUUAUAGCUCCUGCUAACUCCAGGACAAGGAAUCAGUUUAGGAAGUGGCUAGAAGGGAUAUGGCCAUAGUGAUCCUCUCUAGGUGGCUUAAUGUAGCAGGGGCAUGAGAUGUUACUGCCUGCCUCUUGCUGCCAGCCAAUACUGAAUCCUUCCAAAGUGCACACUGCUUCCUUCAGUUACUAGAAAGGGGCUGAAGACUUUGCAGAGAAGCCUGUGAAAUGUUCCCCUGCAUUGCACUCCCAACAGUACUUUUUUCAAAGCUUCCAUUUUAUAACCACUAGUUUGCAGUUUAUUUAGUACCUGGUGACAUGCUGCAUGAAAUGUUUUCCAACUCUGGAAAUGCAUGCAGCUCCAGGCAGGUUUUUCUUCUCAAGAGUUAAGUCCCCUUGAAGGCAGGGGGAACAGGAAAUAUAUUCAUUCAUCUGAAACGCCUGAGGUUGGGUGUGCCCCAAACACCAGGCCACACAGUGGGCUCCAAGCUCAGCAUUACCUAGGACAGCAGCAGGCACCACCAUCCCGAGUCAGUCACUGUUGGGGGGUGGGGGGGGCUGGCCAACAAGAAUGGGAGGUUCUAACGCUGCUCAGAUGGUAUUUGAGCCUUAGCCCUCAGGAGCUAUUCUCCAGCUUCUUUUGACCAGCAAAGAUAGACUAUUCUUUAUCCCUUCCAAGAGAAGACAUUUUCAGUCAGGCACAAAGUGGAAAGAAUUUAAAGAAAAAAAUUUCUAAAGUGGUAAUAACAACUGAGCUACAAAGGGGAAUGGGCCAUCUUAUGCACAAUAAAAGUUUUAAAAGGGA